UCACAGGCUCCGUUAUUUUUCGGAACCUUGCCGUUAGCAAUACUAGGUGUCAUACUGAUAACCGGCUUGCACAACAAGAAACUAUCUGCAUCACCUAUGAACCUGUUUUAACCGUGCCUGGAAGAUGGAGAAAUUGGCUUUCUACGAUCCCAGGCGAGUUGACAAUACACUUAUUUUGUUUAUAAGCGAUUGUUUUGCUUAGCGAGCCAAUCUUUACCCCCAUCGUUUUGAUGUUUCUCCUUCCUUAAAGGACUUGUUCUGAGCGUGUCUUGUCCAUUGAAGGUUAAGCGGUUACGGGGAACCGCAACUAAAAUGAAAGAUUCUUCAGACUAUUCCUUUCUUCGAAAUCUGAUCUACACUGUUUCUAGAGGUUGGAAGAAUGUCAUUACGCGGUGCAUAAUUUAGAAUAUUUUUUUCCAAAAUGGCUUUUUAAAUUUGAAUUUGGCACAUUGUACCUUAGUGGUUCAACUAAACUUCAUUUUCUAGUUUCUAUUAAUGCUAUUUUUCAUUUUGUGUUUUAACAUGAAAUGAUCAUAAGUAUUUUUUUAACAUGAAAUAACUCAAAGUAGUGAAUGUUUUUACGCGAUGGUGACAUUUUAUUUUAAUAUUAUUCUUUGUGUGUGAACUGUCGAACUGUUAUCGCAGAGGACCGUAGGCAUAUGAAGUUUAUUCUGAAAAGAUUCUAAUAAAGAUGACCAUAGGAUUCUACGAUAUGGAAGACAUUAGAGACUGUUCCCGUGAAUCAGUAUUCAAAAGAAUGGAGCAGUUGGUGUGCGAAAUGCAACAUCCUGAGACGGGGGUUCCGUUACGACGCCAAAAAGUUUUCCUGACUACCAUUCCCUCGGCGUUUUUGGCUUAUGAUCUUGUCGAAUGGCUGAUGGACCGUUUAAAUAUUGAAGAAACUGUCUCUGUUUAUCCUUUAACAGAAGCAGUUCAUUUAGCCAAUCAAUUAUGCCAACACGGCUACUUUUUCCCAGUGAGCGAUUCUAGGUCUCUAGCAAUUAAAGAUGACGGUUCUCUAUACAGGUUUCAAGCUCCUUAUUUUUGGCCUUCUCAUCAUCAACCUGAUAAUACUGACUAUGCUAUAUAUUUACUAAAAAGAUCAAUGAAGAACAAGCAAAAACAUGGACUAGAAGAAUAUGAACAAGAGGCCUUGGCUCGCCUGAAAAAACUUCUUUGUCAUAAAUGGGAUUUUAUAACUUUGCAAGCCGAAGAACAAGUUAAUUUAUCAAAGGAAAGAAAAAAAGGGGAUAAAUUGAUUUUGGACAGUCAAGAAAAGUCAUAUUGGCGCGUGCAUAGGCCUCCACCAGGUACUCCUAGUUGUCUUGAAAAAACUCCAUUAGCAAGCAGAAAGGUAAAGAAAAAAACUCUUGAAGAUUUAAGGCGAGAAAAAGCCUUGUUACUCAAAAGUUUGAACAAACCACGGGUCAAACCUUCUCAAAUCGUUGAAAGUCUUCUAAAUCACUGUCAAGAAUACAUCGAAUUUGACUCCUUUAUUGUUGGUGUGUUGCCUUCUAAUCCUUGGAUAAGUGAAGAUCCCACACUAUGGACACUCAAUAACCGAGAGGUUUUAGUACCAACAGAGCAACGAGUAAAGCUGUGGGCAAUAUCUCUUGAAGACUUGCUAAAUGAUCCUACCGGCAUUAAAGAAUUUGAGCGAUAUCUACAAACAGAAUAUAGUCAUGAGAAUAUUCUGUUUUGGAAAGCAGUGCAGUCUCUAAGACGUGGUGGUAAGACAGAUAUCGAGAAAAAAGUUCAAGCAAUUUACAAUGAAUUCCUUUGUCCCAAUGCUCCCUGUGAAGUAAAUCUUGAUAGUAGCACAAUAGAAAGUGUGCAAGAAGCUAUGAAAAAACCAACUCGAUACACGUUUGAUUCUGCACUGCUUCAUGUUUAUUCCCUUAUGGAAAAAGAUACCUACCCGAGGUUUCUUCGAUCUGAACAUUACAGAAAUUUACUCCUUAAUUCUUUACAUCCAUCUCAUAAGAAGAAGUUCUUCAAUUUUGGAGCUGGUGUUCGUAAAAAAAUGGUGAGUGCUACUGGUGCCAAGAGGAGAAAUAAUCCAAGCCACUUGUCUGGUAGUUCAGUGGACUUGACACAUAUGAGUCACAGUUUAGAAAUGGAAGAACCAUCCAUGUCUAGUAGGCAUUCUCACUCAACCAGUGACCUCCAUGACCUUGGUAUACCUGGGGAAAACCUAGCCUCCAGCAGGUUGUCUUCACCCUCAAGUUCUCGUGACAAUGUACCGGAGGACAAUCCCAAUACUCUUCAGGUGCCACGACUUUCUCCUGGUGGGGGAGACACAGAAACGUCUGUAAGUGUGUCCCUUACUGUACCCUGCCGCCCUACAAGUGUUGUUGCACCAUGGGAAACAGAAGGCUGAACCAAUGUUUUAUUUUUCUCCCUUUUUCAAGCUUCUUUUUAUGUAAACCUUCUGAGCAACCACAGACUCAGUGCCUAUAGUUAUAAUUGAACUAUGCCUAAAAAUUGUGAGCAAAGAAUUUACUGGGCUCGCGAGAAUGUUUUUCGCGAUAUUUGAUCAAAAUUUGUUCAGUUUUAGAACUAUUUUAUUAUAAAGUCCUUUUAAAAAUAUUUUUAGAAUUUUUUUUUUCUGCUGGAGAUUUAUUGUAACAAUAUGUUUUGUCAAAUACUGUUGACCCUGCUUUAACAAAUAUUAGUUGUUCCAGUAUUAGUUUUUUGAUGAUAUGGGUUAUUUGAGUGUGGGUAAAAACUUUAUCUGAACCUAAUUAAUAUUCAAGAGUAAUUAAAACGAGUAUUUAUUUUAAUUUUAAAGAGUGGACUUUUUAAGAAGAAAAAAAAAAUGUAAUAGAUGCCCAAGUUAGUGUAUGCAUCCUUAUCCACAAAUUUUUUUUCUAUUGUUGCUCUAAAUUAGUAUUAAUUGCACAUGAGAAUUGGGUGCUACUUAUAAAUAAAAUAAAACAAUUUGAUUGAAGCAUAAAAAAUGGUAUGGAAAUAGUUUUACUUCUGUAUAUAAGAACCUUCUUUAGAGUCUUAACACUGAUUAUUUUAGUCGUUUGUAUUUAGACAUUCAGAUAGGUUCUUGUUCAUUAUAACUGAAACUAUAGUGUGCCCAUUUCUGUACCUUUAAUUGUGCUUUAUUCACAUUAUUUAACUUUAUGCACAGUAUUUAUUGCUUUAUCCGAGGAAUCAAUUCUAUUAAAUAGGGAACUUAGAACAUUGGGGAGGGGAAUAAUUUAAUUUAUGAUUAAGGAUAGUUUUAUUUGUUGGCUGGUUAGGCAUGGUCAACAGUACUUUGUAGGUGCCUCUAAACAGUAUAUUAUUUUAAAUCUUAAAAUCUCACAUUAUUCUAAUGUUUUAUAGUAAAGUUUAAAAAGACUUGAAACCUUAUUUAUUUAUUUAUUUUAGUCACAUUCAUUGUUUUAUUUUUAGUCAUUUGUUGAUAUGCUGCUAUCAUGUUAUUAUUUUAGUUUGUCCAUUUCUAGUCAUUGUUCAUUGCAUUAAAAAUAUUGACCUUUUCACCUCCAAUUUUAUUUUUAUAAUUUGUAUGUAUGUACCUGAGAUAAUGUCAUAGCUUAAUGAAAAAUCACUUCCGCAAACAUGUGAGCUAUACUGCACUAACAUACAAUAUCUGGCAGUAGGACACUGCACAAUAUUUUGUUCUCACAUUUUUAACAGCAGUUACAUGAAAACAGUUUGAAAUAACAUAAGGUACAUAAUUAUUUCUUUUAUUUCGGUUGUAGGGAACUACAAUUAAAAAAUAAAUAAAUAAAAAAAAACUUAGCACUUAAUUUAGAUUCAUAAAAAUUUGAAAUCAUUUGUUAAAAUGUUUUACGUUUAAAACCUAAUUAUGAAUAACUUGUGCUGAUAUUUAUUUGUUAAGAAAUGAAACAGUGGAGAUAUUUAUUCUAUUAAAUUGUGUUUGUUUGUAUUGUUUGUGAUGCACAAUAUAUACGGAAUGGAGGUGAAGAGGUUAUGAAUAAGGGGUCGUUCAAAAAGUGUGUACACAAAAAUGGAGAAAUUUUAACCCCCUCCCCCCUUUGUACAUUACCGUACAUAAGGUCUUACCUCCCCCCCUUAGAGUAAGUACAUUUCAUUAGUAUACCCCCCUUUUUCAUAAAAAUUAAAAUAAUUAUGUUUUAAAUAAAAUUAAAUAUUUAUUUAAGGAGUGUGUAGGAAAAAGUCAAAUUUAAAUUUGGUGUAUGCUUAUAAUGUACGUACUUUGUAUAAUACCUCCCCCCUCCCCAUCGUACAAAAUGGUACAAAUUAGCAAAUCCCAUCCCCUCUUCGGGAUGUACGUACUUUUUGAAUGGCCCCUAAGGCAUUUCUUUAACAUUUAUUGUUCAUAUAGUGAAUGUAUUAGGCUAAACUAUGUACCUAUAUGCCUGGUAGCAGAAUUUACUGAGUCAAUCUUUUGCACUGUUUUCAUAAAUUCAAACUUGUCGGGAACUCCAAUACGGUAAGAGAGAGACUACUAAUUAGGCUUAAGAAUAUAAAUUAGGCUUUAUAUAUUAUGUAUUUAGUAAAAUUUGCAAUUAUAAAGUAAUGUAAAAAUUAUUCAUUAAAAAAUUUAUGUAGUUUACAUUUAAUUUA